AUGUUUGUAGUAACACUUUAUGCACUCCUUCUGGGCAUAAAGUUUAUUGCUGUGGCAAUUAUUGUUGCUAAUACCGGGCUCUUGAUAGGGUUUUCGCUCUUUAUAACAUAUUUCGGGAGGUGCCAAUCUAUUGACGCUGAGACGAAUUUCAAGACAUGUUUGGACUCACUGCAGAACCCGCUUGUGAACUUUCUGUUUGGAAAGAGUAGGAAUUUUAACCAUGUUCACUUCAUGCAGGUCUACGAGAACGAUGAGAAGAGUUGGAAGACUUCUCCGAGGUUGUGCUGCUUUGAUGAAGUGGAAGAUGUCAGUAAUCACUCCCCCUCUCCUUACAUGAAAUCGCCAAUAGAAUCUGAAAUCAGCACAUCUCAGUUGUCAUCGUAUGGUGUAUGUGCCGAUUCCAAAAAAGCCAAAACCACUAUAUAUGACGAUGACUGGUCGGCCAAAGAAAGCGGCAAACACGACGACCUUGACACCUUAUACCAUUGGUCCUCGACGGUUAACUGUUGGUCAGAAAACAACAACUUUAUCAAUGAGCCCCGUCCGUAUCUACUUGCGUUUGAUAAUAUCACGUAUAUGCCAGUUUACUGCCGCCCAGAAGAUGAUCACGAGAAUCUUGAAGCAGGCGCCCACGGGAGUGCGGAACAUCCCCUUGCCACGUUCCCUCAAUACACCAAAAGAGACAAGAUCGAAUCCACCGAUGCUGAAAAGGAAAUCACUGAGGAAGAGGAAGCUCCUCGAAAGGUCCCACGGGAUCGAAAAUGGUCAAAAAAGACUCUGACCCCGUGCUGGGCGACUCCAGCAUGA